UAUGCAUGCCCCGAGUCUGUAAUUGAAAAAUUGAUUGAAAAAGGCGUGUUCAAAAUAAUAGCGGUGUGGAGUUCAUUAACUGAGAUCAUUCAUUUUGUGAAGAGUCUGGUGUUAAUCAGGUUGCCCUUAUUUAAGGAUGAUGCACAGCACAUGUAUAUACAUUUAUCUCUGAAAACGUGACAAAAAAUGGGUCUUUCAAGGCAUUGUUCAGAAGAGCAGCGUACUUUAAGAAGUUGAUUGGAGAGGGGAAACACAUAAAGAAGUGCAGAAAAUGAAAGGCUGCUCGGCUAAAAUGAGCUCUAAUGAUUUAAAAUGGAUAAACGAAAGACUACCAUUCAAAAGGAUUGAAGAAAACCCAGAAUGUCAAAAACUCAGCCAACAAUCAGCUCCAGGGUGAUCAUAGAAGCUCUGAAAUGAACAGUACUUUGACAAUGUAAAGCUAAUGUAUCGUCUAAAACACCCCUCUCCCCUCCUCGCAAAGUCCCAUUGUUUAAAAAAGACGUACGAUAGAGGACACAAUUUGCCAAAGAGCAAGACAGGGUCGCAGACAGUUUCUUAGACGACCCCCAAGCUCUUAAUUUAAGCCGCAGUACAUUGAAGACAGUAAAGCAUGGUGGUUCAUGCUUGAACCACCAUCUUACUAUUGUGUCUGACCUAUUUAUUGCAUAAAAGGGAUCAUGGAUCAGUUUGCAUAUAUCAAAAUACUUAAAGAGGUCAUGUUGCUUUAUUCUGAAGAGGAAAUGCCCUUGAAAUGGGUGUUUUAACAAGGCAACGACCCCAAACAAAAAGUUAUGAAGUGGCCAGCCUAACCCUUGGACCUUAAUCUGAUUGAAAACUUGUGGAGUGACAUCAAAAAUCCUGUUUCUGAGACAAAAGCAAGAAAUGCAGAGUAAUUAUGGAAUGUUGUCAGAUCAUCCUGGGCUGGAAUACCAGUUUACAGGAGCCAGUAGUUGGUCGACUCCAUGUGACAGUUCUCAGAAACAGUGGUUAUACAAAUAAAUAUUAGUUUAGUGAUUCAUAGGAAUGAUAAAACCUAAAGAUUUUCAGUUUAUACAGUAAAUAUUAGAGUUUGUAAAGAAAAAUGCUGACACUGCUAUUUUGUUCAACAUCCCGAUGUUCAUUUUUCUUAAUUUGCUGUAAUGUGGUUAAAACAUUGAUACAUUUUUUUCUCAUGGUUUGAUUUAGAAUAUAAUGUGCAGUGUUCCUGAUGCAUGGAAAUAAAAACUAUUCUAAGGAUUUUGAGCUUUAAUCACGUUUUAAACACACAGCUGUUAUCUUUAACACAACUGUUAAUCCAUCUAGCUAUCAUCUCUAACUGUCUUCUCAGUCCCUGUUGAAGAAAAGCAUCCCCCAGUGCAUGAUGGUGCCAUCAUGUGAUGCUGUGAGGAUGGUGUGUUCAGGGUGAUGUGCUAUGUUAGUUUUCCACAAAUAGCAUAUUACAUGCUGGUCAAAGGUUCGAUUUUGGUCCCAUCUGCAAAGAGCACCUCCCUCUACAUGCUUUCUGUGUCACCUGCAUGAUUUGGGCCAAACUGCGAACAAGAUUUCAUGACUUUGUUUAUUGUAAUUCCUCUAGAAAGGUCAGAUUUGUGGAGCGCUGGACUAAUGUGGGUCUCUAGUGCCACCAGAAUUGUCAGUGUCCUCUGAAUAAUGUUCUCCUUGGAUUUCAGGGAAAUCUGAGGACACCACACAGAUCUGUAUUUAUAAAAAGUUUGAAAAUGAUGCUUACCUUUUCUUCCACUUCACAGUAAUGCAUCACUUUCUGUUGUAACAUGUAACAUCCUGAUAAAAUACUCUGAGGUUUGUGUUGGUAAAAUAUAAAAUAGUUCAAGGGGUUCCAAUGCUUUCAUGAGCAUUCUCUUUAACAAUAUGUUUUGACUCACUUUGAAAAGAUGCAGAUUGUUAGGGAGAUUGUUUUCUUUAACGUGGAGGAAAUUAGGACCCAGAGAAGGCUGGUAGGGGGACAGAGGAGUGUGUGUCUGAUGGCAAAAGGGGAAAAAACUUCAGUGCAUCAUUACACAAAACAAUGUGUGACAGUCACUGCCAUACACAGCACAGAACAGGACCCAGAGGGUUAUCAGAGGAGGGGUGAGAGAAGAGCGGAAAUAAUUUACCACCAUCAUGGAAUAUUCUUUCAUAAUUUUCCUUUUAUUUGGGAAUAUAAAAGGUAAUGCAGCUCUGGUGCCUGUAUAUGGAAAAGCCAAACCUUAGACAGUUUUUAUUUUUUUAAACAGGUGGAAGUAAUGAUUGAAACACUUUUGAUGAAAAAGAAAUAAAGGAUCACUCCUGUCUACUUUUGUAAACAGCAUGCAAACUUGAACUCAAAGCAACUGAUUAAAACCAAACAACAAACAGAGCAAACCAGGGGAAUUUCACCCAUGGGAACAUUAGAGCUGAAAAUGAGGGAAGAGGUAAAUAAAUGAUGGCGGACAUGACUGGGUCCAUGAUCACCUCUGUUUCUGAUCAUUCUGUUGCAAACUCUACCACUGCCCUGUGGGAGCCCAAUCCCACUGUCCCUGCUGACGUCAGCGUCGUCACAAGCUCCCAGUCCCAAAUCAAAGAUCUUUUCGGGUUGUUCUGCAUGGUAACACUUAACCUCAUCGCCCUCCUGGCCAACACUGGUGUGAUGGUAGCUAUAGCUCGCGCUCCUCACCUGAAGAGGUUUGCGUUUGUGUGUCACCUGUGUGCAGUAGAUCUGCUGUGCGCCAUUCUCCUGAUGCCAUUGGGCAUCAUAUCUAGCUCACCAUUCUUCGGCACGGUGGUUUUCACUGUUCUGGAGUGCCAGGUUUACAUCUUCCUCAAUGUUUUCCUCAUUUGUCUUUCCAUCCUCACCAUCACUGCCAUCAGCUUGGAGCGUUACUUCUACAUUGUGCACCCACUGCGUUACGAAGUCAAGAUGACCAUCAACCUGACUAUUAGUGUGAUGGUCCUAAUCUGGGUUAAAUCACUCCUCUUAGCUCUGGUCACGCUGUUUGGAUGGCCAGCUUAUGGACCUCAGAGCUCGAUUGCUGCAGCACACUGCUCUCUUCAUGCAACCCACAGCCGCCUGAGAAGAGUAUUUGGUGUGUUAUUUAGUGUUAUUUGUUUUUUAGCUCCUGCAGUGGUCAUCUUUAGUGUUUACUGUGCUGUGUACAAGGUUGCUCGUUCAGCAGCUCUGCAGCAAGUCCCAGCUGUGCCCACAUGGGUAAACACGUGCCCAGCAAAAGGCCGCUCUGACUCCAUCAACAGCCAAACGAACAUGAUCGCUACCACCCACACUGUGCCUCAAAGACUGUCUGCAGAGAGGGCCUUCAGUGGUGGAAAAGCUGCAAUAACUUUGGUGUUCAUUGUGGGCCAAUUCUUGGUUUGUUGGUUGCCCUACUUCAUCUUCCAUGUUCAAAUGUCUCUGACCGACUCUAUGCAGAGCCCAGGGGAUUUAGAGGAAGCGGUAACCUGGCUUGCUUACUCUUCCUUCGCAGUUAACCCAUUCUUCUAUGGCCUCUUAAACAGACAGAUCAGAGAUGAGCUGGUGAAGUUUCGUCGUUGUUGCUUGAACCAGCCCACGGAGGUUGGAGCAUCUAGCCAAGAAGCCUCAUUUCAGGAAAACUUCCUUCAGUUCAUUCAGAGAACCAUCAGCACACCUGAAAGACAUUCAAGCUGUUCUAACUCCAGUCCCACAAACACAUUAAACCAAGCAAACGUUAUUCCAGGAAAAACACCAGAGGAGCACGCAUAGAUUUGAACAAAUCAUGGAACACAUCAUGCUAACAUGCCAAGAGUGCAACAUUUAAAUGUUUGUAGGCCAGUAAUCCCAUUAUUUCCAGAAACUUAUUUCUCAUAUUACUUUAUUUUGUUACAUUUUCUUAGAUUUGUGCUCUUUACUAAUUUAAUUUGUUCCUUAUUUUAAAAAAAGCAAAAGGUGUCUGUGCAGUAACCCUAAAAUAUAUGCAGUUUCAGUUGAAAGUUUACAUGCACUCAUCGUGGUCAUAGAUGCCUUACUAUUAUUUGUUGUUACCUGAUUUAUGUGAACUGUUUUCUUUUCAGGGUAGAGUUAUUAUACAAACAAACAAUUUCAAUGAUUAUAUGUAAGCAAGAUUUGGCUGCACAAGUUUUAUAAUGAAUUAUAGGUUCAAAUGUAUACAUCAGAUUGAAGAUGUUUGCACCCGCUCUGAUAAUUGAUAGAACUAAUUUAAACUGGUUUGUUUCUUGGCACAGACUUGUCUUUUAGGCACAGUCUAUACAUUUUCAAUAGGUAUGAGUUCAGGGCCAUCCUGAAAACCUAAUGUUAGCCUUCUUUAUCCAUACCAAACCAGUUUUAAUGUGUCUUUGGGAUCUUUGUCUUGUUGGAACAAUCAGCUGCAACAAAGUUUUAACCAGCUUGUUCUUCCACCCACUUUUUGCAAUGGGCCGGUUUCCAUGGUGAAAUGGUCUUGCACAUGAAGAAACAGGACUAGAAGCACAAAGAAUGGACCAGACAUGAAACGGCAGACAAACAGAUGAAUCCAGCAAAGAAAAAUGAGAACCAGUGGACUUAUACACUGAGGCAGGGUAAAGAAAUAACAGGCAAACCAAAUACGUUAACCAGAAGGAAUGAGUAGUAGCUGAGGCAGAGAGAAAGGCAGAGCAGCUUGAGGAAGGAGACUAAUUAACCAGUUGGAGCAAAGCAGCUCCAACAUAUAAAAACCCAAGGAAAAAUCUAACAGAAAUCUAACAGGAAAUAACUCUAGAUGUGGAAAGAAGAAUAGAACACAAAAGCAUGAACUAAUAAGGGAAACACCUAAUAAGAAUAAGCACAAGGAAAUAUCUUACGAAAGCAGGACCUAAAGAACAUGAUAAACAGCAAAGAAAUCAACAAAAUACAUACACAAAAUAAAAUCAAAACUCAAACAUCUCAAGAUUGUGACAGUACUUCACACUUGAUAGUGCUAGGUUUGAAACCUUCACCUUGAGUUCUCCGCACAUAAUUCUAGUCAUUGUGACCACAUAGGGCAAGUUAAGUCCCCUAUGAAUGUAAAUGUUAUUUUUCCACAAAGCAUUUGAUGUGUCCAUGUAGACAGCUGCAAACUUCAGUUGUACUGGAAAGUGUCAAUUUGGAGCUUUUUUUUUUUCUUUCUUGCUCUGCACUCUUUGGUUAGUGGUAAUGUAAAAAAAUGGUUAGAGCCUUGGUGAGAUCUUGGUUACUCUUAAAUAUCCUAACGACCCUUUCCUUUCAACUAAGGGUGACAGUUUGGGUCAGAUUAUUGAAACUGGUGCAUAAAUGUCUGUGCCAACAAGAAAAAGAAACCAACACAAACAUUAAAACACUGGGAUGGAUAAAUCAGUCCUACAAUAAUCCUUUGAAAUGGACCCAACCUAAACCUUAUUAAAAAUGUACUGGCUUUGUUUAAAAAUAAUGCCUAUGCCAGGAAAUCCAUUAAUCUAAAUUAACCAAGAAGGAUGGUCAAACAACCAGCCAGAAAUAUGCCAGAGGCUUUUUAGUAAAGAGUGUAGAUUCGUGGCAACUUGCAAAGGAACAUUUAACUGAACAUUAGAUGUAUAUGUAUACAUUUGUGCCUAUAUGUCUAAUUUUGACCCUGUGCCAAUUAGAAGAAACCACUAUAAAUUCAAAGUUGUGCACCCAAUUCUGGAUUUGUAAGAAUCACAGAAUAUUUAUCAUGUGUAGUAAUUCCACAUAGUAAAAAAAACUGCUCGAACUCAUUAUUAAAAGCACAAAUUUGUUGUGACAUUUGCAUUUGUCUCCAGUUUGUCAGGGAGAGAAACUGUCAGAUGUAGGGAUAAUACCUCAGACUUCCUACCUAUAACAGAUAGAUUUUAAUGUCACGUCUCUCUCUUGCCAUAUAAAAUAAAGUGGACUCACAUAGCAACAAAACAAAACAGCCCGCUGGCUAGAUGUAUAUGUCAGCUCAAAUACAGACUGAGUCAGAUAAAAACACAUUUACAUGUGAACAACGAUAGAUAGCACUAGCCUCUGUGAAUAUGGACUAACAUAAUCGGGACAUGGAUAAGGGAAGGAAGAGAUAGUAAAUCUACAAUGAAAAUCAUUACUGGGCAUCAUUACUUUGAUAAAAUACCAGAGAGAGGUAACAAAGUGCUGUUUUAUUGCCUCUGGUAUUUGUUUUAGCCCUCGUUCAAGACAGAAUAGGCUGGUUAGAGGACAUAGCAGCAAACACCAUUCUGCAAAAUGGAUGUUAUUUAGGUAUACACAAUCUUACAUAACUGUAGGUUUGUAUUCAACAACCGGGUUAUUAAAGCAUUAGCUAUUCAACUAAAUAGGUUGAAAUAAAAGGAAAUAUCUUUAACAAAGAGACAAAGGGAAACAAUCUUAGUAUCAAACUUUCUGAUGAGCAACAACUUAGCUGUCUUUUUGGAACUCUUCACUCACAUACACGGCACUACUUGACUGUUUAAAAUCCUGUUCAAUAAUAAUAAAACAUGAAUAACAAAU